ACUAAUCCUCAAAGCAUGAGAGAUGCUCUAUAUAAGUGGGUGAAGGAGUUUGACUAUGAGAGCACUCCCAUUGAGAGAAUGGAUUUGAUUGAGUUGAGCAAAGCAGUGAAAGAGGUUGAACUGGUGGAUGAGUUAGAGAGUGAUAAUGUUUCAUUUGUUCGUAUAUUAUGGGUUAAUAUUUCAGGACAACACAGAUGUCGUGCUAUUCCUAGAAAGCAUUUCUAUGAUGUUGUUAAGAAGAAUGGGAUUGGUUUAGCAUUUGUAAGUAUCGUAAUGACUUCUGUUUUAGAUAGACCUGCACCUGGCUCUGGUCUAGGGUUAGUCGGUGAUGCAAGAGUAGCACCAGAUUUGUCUACUAUAAGGACAAUUCCUUGGUGCAAACAAGAUGAAAUGGUUUUAGGUGAUCUGAAUGUUAAACCUGGUCAAGCUUGGGAAUAUUGCCCAAGAGAAGCCUUUAGAAGAGUUACCAAAAUUCUCAAAGAUGAAUUUGACUUGGUCGUGAAUGCAGGAUUUGAGAUUGAGUUUUUUCUCUUGAAGAGCACAAUGAGGGAAGGGAAAGAAGAAUGGAUACAAUUUGACUCGAGUCCUUAUGGUUGCUCGUCCGCAUUUGAUGUUGCUUCCCCAAUACUUCGUGAAGUUACUUAUGCUUUGCAUUCUAUGGGCAUUCCAGUAGAACAGUUGCAUGUGGAAACCGGAAAAGGUCAAUUUGAGCUGGUUUUGGGUCAUACCAUUUGUACCAAAGCUGCUGACAACUUAGUAUAUACACGUGAAGCUGUUAGGGCAAUUGCUAGAAAACAUGGCUUGCUUGCAACUUUUAUUCCAAAGUACACAUUAGAUGAUGUGGGAUCUGGAUGCCAUGUGCAUCUAAGCUUGUGGCAGAAUGGCCAAAAUGUAUUUAUGUCAUCUGAUGAAUCAUCAAAGUAUGGAAUAUCAACUUUGGGGAAAGAAUUCAUGGCUGGAAUUCUACACCAUCUUCCUUCUAUUUUGCCAUUUGUAGCACCACUUCCUAUCAGUUAUGAUAGGUUGAACCCGACCACAUGGGGUUCAUACUUGUUAUGGGGAAAUGAAAAUAGGAAUGCUCCAUUGCGAACUUGUUCACCUGGAAUUCCCGGUGGUUUAGUGAGUAAUUUUGAGUUUAAACCAUUUGAUGGUACUGCAAACCCAUACUUGGGCUUAGCUGCUACAAUUGCUGCUGGCAUUGAUGGCCUUCGUCGACAUCUUUCUCUUCCUGAGCCUAUUGACAUAGAUCCAAAUCUAGACAACCUUCAGAGAUUGCCAAAAUCACUCUCAGAAUCUUUGGAAGCUCUCCAUAAGACUGAUUUCUUUGAUGAAUUUAUCGGUCAGAAGUUGCUAACUAUCAUAGAAGCAAUUGGAAAGGCUGAAAUUGAUCAAUACUCGAAGAACAAGGACGCAUACAAGCAACUCAUCCACCGCUAUUGAUUUCGACGAAUUAAUGUGACUUGAGAUGUCAAACUAUUGGUUGUCUUAUUUUCUUGGGCAAGAUUGUUUUGAUGAAUUUUUCAAAUAGAAAUUUAUUGUUAUUCGUUUAAAAAAAAUUCCUUUUUCACUUUAAUUUUUCUGUUUAUUUUGUAAUUAGGAAAGUAAACUAUCAUUGUGUGUAAUUUGUGAGGCAAGACUGUUUUGAUGUCAAACUACUAUGUUUAUUGUCAUGCCAGACUGAAAUUGAUCAAUACUCGAAGAACAAGGACACAUACAAUUUUCUUUUGUUUA